AUGCGCCGUGGCCGUGGCCGUGGCCGUGGCAGUCCGACUGUUGUGCAGGGCGUGUGGUGCGUCCUACUUGGAGAUUCCGUCGUGACAAUUGUAAGAGCAGGACUUGAUGUGAGCGUAUAUCUGCGGUGGACGGGGAGGGAGUUGGAGACUUCGAGACUUCGAGACCUUCGAGACGAGGUUGAGAGAUCGUCUGAACUAGCCUUGUUGAAAGAGGAUCUAUCAAUCGAUAUGAGCUUUUUCCAUGCAUUCUCGUCGGCUGGGGUCCUCCGACUCCCCAGCGGGUGCCGAACUUCUCUUGUACGGACGGCACUGAAGUCCCAGAAAGGAUAUACUCGAGCAACUUCUACUAUCUGUAGAGAACCAAUACAACAACAGCCAGCAUACUCUGCCCUGCACAAGAGAUUCUUUCACCCGUCUACUCCAAGACCUUCCUUGGCAGCUGCGGCUCAAACAGCGAGCCCGGGUGGAUCACAAUCAGAGUCUCAACCUCCAGCUCCAGCAAUAUACGAGGCUCCCAAAACUGGAUUACUCUCAAUAAUCCCGUCAUCAUGGGUUCCUUAUGCGGAACUUGUCAGACUCGACAAGCCAACUGGAACGUAUUACCUCUUCUUCCCCUGCCUCUUCUCCACCCUCCUGGCAGCUCCGCUGGCAAUUCCUAUGGCGGCUCCCCUAUCAGUACUCGGGACCUCCCUCCUCUUCUUCAGCGGUGCUCUCGUUAUGCGUGGCGCCGGUUGCACCAUCAACGAUCUCUGGGACCGCAAUCUCGACCCUCACGUCCGAAGGACACGGCUUCGACCGAUCGCUCGUGGAGCCGUCACCCCAUUCAAUGCUCUUGCUUUCACCGGCGUCCAGCUCUUCAUAGGCCUUGGUGUGCUCCUGCAGUUCCCAACGUCGUGUCUGUUCUACGGAAUCCCAAGCUUGCUGCUCGUGGCUGCAUAUCCACUAGCCAAACGAGUUACACAUUACCCCCAAUUUGUCCUUGGCUUGACAUUCUCCUGGGGUGCCAUGAUGGGCUUUCCUGCGCUCGGAGUCGAUCUGUUGCAGGAUAUUGGUGCUCUGACAGCCGCGGGAUGUCUCUAUACCUCAAAUGUGGCUUGGACGGUGUUGUAUGACAUGAUCUAUGCUCACAUGGAUAUCAAGGACGACGCUAAGGCUGGGAUUAAAAGCAUAGCGCUGAAGCAUGAUGCGCAGACGAAGCAAAUCCUGAGUGGAUUGGCAGUGGCUCAGAUUGGGCUUUUGGCAGCUGCGGGAGUGGCCGCUGGUGCAGGUCCGGUCUUCUUCGUUGGCAGCUGUGGAGGUGCAGCGAUCACUCUGGCUGUUAUGAUCAAGAGAGUCAACCUGAAGAGCGUCAAGGAUUGCUGGUGGUGGUUUGUGAAUGGGUGUUGGAUCACUGGCGGGGUGGUGUCCGCCGGACUGGGAGCAGAGUACUUGAUUCGGUUUGCAAAGAGAGGAGAAGAAGAAGCUAUUGUUGUUGAAGAUUCGGUACCUGUAUAA